AUGGCCACCCAAUUGAGAGCUUCUUCCUCAUUCUCUUCUGUUCCUUUUUCUACCCGUUCAUACACACACGAUUUGUUUCUGAGUUUCAGAGGCGAGGAUACACGCUACACUUUUACAGGUCAUUUGCACAGAAAUUUGGUUCAAAGGGGGAUCAACACUUUCCUAGAUGACGAUGAUCUUCCAAGAGGAGAGGAAAUAUCAGAAGCACUUCUCCGAGCCAUUGAAGGAUCAAAGCUCUCUCUCAUUGUGUUCUCUGAAAACUAUGCAUCCUCAAAGUGGUGUUUGGAAGAACUAGUUCAUAUCAUUGAAUGUAGAAGAUCAAAGAACCAAAUGGUUCGGCCAAUCUUUUACAAAGUGGAUCCAUCGGACGUAAGACACCAACGAGGUACAUUUGGUAAGGCACUUGCAGAGCAUGAGCGCCGAUUCCAAGAUGACAAGAAUAAGGUGUCAAGAUGGAGAGCAGCUCUUUUAGAAGCGGCUAAUUUGUCUGGGUGGCAUUUCCCGAGCGGGCAUGAAUAUGAAUCUAAAUUUAUUGAUAGAAUCAUUAAAGAGAUUUCUGCACAAGUAAUAAAACAUAGCCCUUUGAAUGUGGCAAAGUUUCCAGUCAGGAUAGAAUCUCGUGUACAAGACAUGCUUGAACUCUUAGAUGUUGGGGGAAGUGAUGUACGCAUGGUAGGGAUAUGGGGAAGUGGUGGAAUAGGGAAGACAACAAUUGCUAAAGCUGUUUACAAUACAAUUGCUAUUGAGUUUGAAGACAGUUGCUUUUUGGAAAAUGUUAGAGAACGUUCAGUGACUCAUGAAGGUCUAGUCAACCUACAAAACAGUCUUCUUUCUGAGAUUCAAGGGGGCAAAAAACUGAAUAUAAUCAAUGUUAAUAAAGGAAUCAAUUUGUUGCGUCAAAGGUUGUGA